AUGCCUGUGAAAAUGACAGUAGCCCUGCUCCUGAUGCAGCUGAGCAUCUUCAUUAGAUCUGGGGCUGGUGGGAAGGUGCUGGUGUGGCCAGUGGAGUUCAGCCAUUGGCUCAACUUAAAGAUAAUCCUAAAUGAGCUUGUGAAGAAGGGACAUGAAGUGGUUGUACUGAGACCUUCAGUUUUCUUUUCUUAUGAGAUUGACAAUGCAUCUGCUAUUGAGUUUGAGACAUAUCCUGCAUCAUAUUCCAGGGCUGAUAUAGAGGAUCUUUUCUUGGACUCCAUCACUAAGACCAUUUAUGAGCUGCCAAAGCAGUCACUUUGGGGAUACUUUUUAAUGUUGCGAAACAUUAUUGUAACAAAUUCAAAAUAUUCCGAGAGUCUCUGCAAAGAUGUAGUUUUUAAUGAAGAACUCAUGACAAAGCUACAAAAGUCUAGUUUUGAUGUCAUCCUAGCAGAUCCCUUCAUGCCCUGUGGUGACCUGCUGGCCGAGAUCCUCAAGAUCCCCCUUGUGUACAGUCUUCGCUACUUUCCUGGCUCCAUUUAUGAGAAGUACAGUGGGAGCCUCCCACUGCCUCCUUCCUAUGUGCCUGCUGCCAUGUCACAACUGAGCGACAGGAUGACUUUCAUGGAGAGGCUGAGAAAUGUCAUCUAUGUGCUGUGUUUUGACUUUUGGUUCCAAAUAUUUUAUGAGAAGAACUGGAAUCAGCUUUACAGCGAAGUAAUAGGAAGACCCACGACACUCUUAGAGACAAUGGCAAAGGCAGACAUAUGGCUCAUUAGGACCUACUGGGAUUUGGAAUUUCCUCAUCCUGUCUUACCAAAUCUUGAUUUUGUUGGCGGCCUCCACUGCAGACUUGCCAAGCCCCUGCCUAAGGACAUAGAAGACUUCGUCCAGUCAUCUGGAGAACAUGGUGUUGUGGUGUUUUCCCUGGGGUCCAUGGUCAGUAGCCUAACUGAAGAAAGGGCCAAUGUGAUUGCAGCAGGCCUUGCCCAGAUUCCACAGAAGGUUCUGUGGAGAUUUGAAGGCAAGAAGCCAGAAACCUUGGGCUCCAACACUCGUCUGUACAAAUGGAUCCCCCAGAAUGACCUUCUAGGUCAUCCCAAAACCAGAGCUUUCAUAACUCAUGGUGGCAGCAAUGGCAUCUAUGAGGCGAUCUACCACGGGAUACCUGUUGUUGGCAUUCCUUUGUUUGGAGACCAAUUUGACAACAUUGUUCGCUUGAAGACCAAAGGAGCAGCUGUUAGACUGGACUUUCUCACAAUGUCCAGUACAGAUUUGCAUACUGCACUGAAGACAGUCACAAAUGACCCUUCCUAUAAGGAGAAUGCCAUGCGGUUAUCAAGAAUUCACCAUGAUCAGCCAGUGAAGCCCCUGGACAGAGCAGUCUUCUGGAUUGAGUUUGUCAUGCGUCACAAAGGAGCCAAGCACCUUCGUGUGGCAGCCCAUGACCUCAGCUGGGUCCAAUACCACUCUCUGGAUGUGAUUGGGUUCCUGCUGGCCUGUGUGCUGACUGUAUUGUUCAUCCUCACAAAGUGUUGUCUCUUUUGUUACCAGAAGUUGACUAAAGCUGGAAGGAAGAAGAAAAGGGAGUAG